GGGACUGACCGGCCUCUUGCUGUCUUCCAGCCUUGCAAGCAGGAACAUCUAAGUCGUCUUCUCUCCCCGCCUAUGGCAGAACCACCCUGAGCCGGCUACAGUCCACAGACUUCAGCCCAUCUGGAAGUGAGACUGGAAGCCCAGGUCUGCAGAACGGAGAGGGCCAGAGGGGGAGGAUGGACCGGGGGAACUCCCUGCCCUGUGUGCUGGAGCAGAAGAUCUAUCCCUACGAAAUGCUGGUGGUGACCAAUAAGGGGCGAACCAAGUUGCCUCCAGGUGUGGAUCGGAUGAGGCUUGAGAGGCAUCUGUCAGCUGAGGACUUCUCCAGGGUAUUUGCCAUGUCUCCCGAAGAGUUUAGCAAGCUGGCUCUGUGGAAGCGGAAUGAACUCAAGAAGAAGGCCUCUCUCUUCUGACCGCCCCCACACUCCGUAACUGACCAUCACCCUGGCUGCUUCAGGGCUCUGGAGCAGGAACGCUAGACCCCAAAGCAUCAUCUCCUAGGGGAGCAGGGAGGUGGGCAGAGAUGAGGUUGGCUCCAUGACCCAGGUGGAGGGGAGCCCAGGCCUCUCAGUGCUGGGUUGUGGGACAUGGAGUUGCUUCCCGUAAUGAGCCGGGGGCCUCCCCUCAUUGCUGAUCCUCACUGCACAGGGCAAACCCAGGCUGGACUCCAGUGCGCCCAGAGUUAAUGUCUGCAUCCUCUCCCUGCCCCCACCCCAUGAAGAGAGGUCCUCAGAAGGGUGAGAGUGAGGGGAUGUGAAUAGGGCACUGGGU